ACGUUUUCGAGCAUUUUCGUGUUCCUUUGAUCUUAUAUCAGUUCUGCAUAAUACAUAAACUUUACUGUUUGAAAAGCAAUGUUUUUGUGAAGAGAGAUAGUUGAAAUGCUUAGGAAUAACAAUAAAACGUUUAAAAAUGACAAAUAUUUCAGUAAAAUUGAAGUGUACAAUUUUUUUUUUAUUUGCUUUUUAACUAUCAUGAUGUAUAAAACAAGAAAACAACUUUUGAAAACACAAAUGGAUGUAUAUAACUCAACAGAGAGUAGCUUUUAUGGAGUCGAAUGUGCUUACACUUAUCGUGUAACCAAACCUGCAAAGACAUGGCAUUAUACAAAAAUUGUAAUAGAAUAUAAUCCAAAAAAGUUUUGUACUAAAGAUUUUAGAAAUUUUUCGGAUAACGGAGGUUCCGUUUUUCGUGUUCAAGCAUUUAGUGUUUACGAAAUGGUUACCACAACUACUGAUUAUAUAGGUAACGAAACAUAUGAAGCAAAAAUACUUUUAACAUUUCCAACUAAAUACAUUUUAAUGAUUAUCUUAACGUACGUAAACGGUCAAGCUAUGGAAUCAACUAAACAUACUAACCCCGUGCUGCAACAUUUAUCAGGUAGUCCUUUUACUCUUAACGUUUUAAGAAGUCAAAGUCCAAAAAAUUUAAUUAGGUACUGUUCUUCUAAAGAAAGUGGAUUCGUAAGUGGUAGAUGGAUUAAAUGUGGUGGUGCUAUUUCUGGAUUAGAAAGAUGUGGUGCUUGGCAAACUAGUGAUUUUGACUUUGAUAAAAUAUACGGUUUUCGUUGGGUUCCUUAUGUAUGCCAAUACCAUCAAUAUACAAACGAUGAAAUUAAGAGAUGCUUUGCCAGAAAUAAAUGGAGCAGUAUUGUUUUUGCUGGUGACUCUCACAUGAGGUACAGAGCGUAUCAUUGGGCAACACGUUUGUAUGGAAGUUGUCAUUCUUGUGUAAAAACCCAUAUUAAAAUGUUGUUUAACAAAAUACCUCGAAUAGAAUGGAUAUUUGACGCAAGAGGAACUCGACUGCCUCUAUCAUUUCCAAACAUCUCACUUCCGUUAGAAAAAUAUAUUCACCCAAAAGUUCGACGUUCAAAAUUUUCAACCCCGUUUCCAGUAGAAAGCAUGAAAAGCAAACUGAUGCUACUAAAUUUCGGACAUUGGGUCCUCAGAGAAACUGGAAAUUUAAAAUUUAUGCAGGAAAAAAUAACAGCUUAUGCUGAAGCUGCACGAAUACUUCAAAUGUCUGGUACUAAAGUUGUUUGGGUAAAUACCGUAAGUCUACCAUGGAGAACAGACAAGUCUGUAGUUGAAUGGAAAGAAAACACGUCACCGUACAGAGUUAAAUUUUUUAAUCAAUUGGCUGACGAUAUAAUGGAGCAAUAUGGGAUUCCUGUUGUAGAUGCAUUUCAAAUAUCAGACGGACGCAUAGCGGCAACUCAUGAUCAAACUCAUUAUACUAAAAAACUUCCGGGAAACGAUUAUGGGGGUGUGGUUGAAAAUGCAAUCUCUAAUGCUAUUAUCAAUUUAUUGUGUAACUAAUUUUUUUAUUUAUAAAAACUGUUGAAAAUAUUUUAUUUUCAACAGUUUUAUUAUUUUACUUUUUAUAUUUUAAAUAUUUUAUGUUUUAGAUUUUAUUAAAAGCUUAUUUUAAGCUAGCUCGUACGUAUAAGUUGGCUUAAAAAAAGCUUGUUUAAAAUAAAUUUUUACAAAGUCUUUUAAAAGAAAACUUUCUUAAA